GCCACCGCAGAGCUUGCCGAGGAAGAGAAGAGAGAGAUGGAGAGGGAAGGCAUGGGCGGCGGGAGUAUGGAGAGCAGGGCAUUCCUUAUGUCGUGCCUCGGCGGCAGGCCGCACUACCCCUCGAUGCCCAGGUACCCUAAGAAGCUGGCGGGGGAAUUGGCGGAUGGAGGCGCCGACCUCGAGGCCCGACCGGAGCCGGAGAAACGGGUGGCGCUGCUUACGGUGCUCGGGAUGACGUGCGCCGGGUCGGUGGAGAAGGCCAUCAAGCGGCUGCCGGGGAUCCAUGACGCCGCCGUCGACGUUCUCAACGAUCGGGCUCAGGUCGUCUUCUACCCCGCCUUCGUUUCGGAAGACACAAUUAGAGAAACCAUCGAAGAUGUUGGCUUUGAGGCCACAUCGAUCAAAGAGUUGAAAGAAAAUUCUACUCUAUUAUGCAGACUGCAGAUAAAAGGAAUGACAUGCACCUCUUGCACAAACACUGUUGAGUCUGCUCUACAAGCUGUUCCUGGUGUACACAAAGCGUUGGUGGCCUUGGCAACUGAAGAAGCAGAGAUUUGCUAUGAUCCUAGGUUUGCAAGUGCCAACCAACUUAUUGAAGCAGUUGAAGACACUGGCUUUGAGGCUACACUUAUUACCACAGGUGAAGAUAGAAACAGAAUACAGCUCAAAAUUGAUGGUACAUUUUACAGCAGAUACAUUUCUAUGGUGAAAAGUUCUCUUCAAGCACUCCCAGGGGUAGAUGAUAUAAAUAUUGACCCUGUGCUUCGUAAAGUUACGGUGUCUUACAAGCCAGAUCAGACGGGUCCACGUAAUUUCAUUGAAGUUAUUGAGUCGACAGGGUCUGGCCAUCUUAAGGCAUCAAUAUACCCAGAAGCUGGCGGAAAGGAGCUUCACAAGGGUGAUGAGAUUAAGCAAUAUUAUCAUUCCUUUCUUUGGAGUUUGGUAUUCACCAUCCCAGUAUUUCUCACUUCAAUGGUGUUUAUGUAUAUCCCAGGGAUUAAACAUUUACUAGAAAAGAAAGUGGUGAACAUGUUUAACAUCGGAGAGCUUUUGAGAUGGAUCUUGUGCACUCCCGUCCAAUUUGUAAUAGGCCGAAGAUUUUACAUUGGUUCAUAUAAGGCCCUGCAACAUGGAUCUGCAAAUAUGGAUGUGUUAAUUGCUCUUGGAACAAAUGCAGCAUACUUCUAUUCACUUUACUCCGUGCUCAGAGCUGCAACUUCACCAAAUUUUAUGGGAACUGAUUUUUUUGAGACUAGUUCCAUGCUCAUAUCAUUUAUCCUUCUUGGGAAGUAUCUUGAAAUUUUGGCUAAAGGGAAAACAUCAGAGGCCAUUGCUACGCUCAUGAACUUGACACCUGAAACCGCAAUACUCCUAAGCUAUGGCAAUGAAGGAAAUGUGGUGAGUGAAAGGGAGAUAGAUAGUCGAUUGAUUCAAAAGAAUGAUAUUAUUAAAGUAGUGCCAGGUGGGAAGGUAGCUUCAGAUGGAUUUGUUAUAUGGGGUCAGAGCCAUGUUAAUGAAAGCAUGAUCACUGGGGAAUCGAGGCCUGUGGCGAAGAGGAAAGGUGAUGCUGUUAUAGGUGGUACUGUCAAUGAAAAUGGUGUGUUGCAUGUCCGUGCCACUCAUGUUGGUUCGGAAAGUGCCCUUUCACAGAUUGUUCGUCUUGUUGAAUCAGCUCAAAUGGCUAAAGCUCCUGUACAGAAAUUUGCUGACCUCAUCUCUAAAUAUUUUGUGCCUCUAGUUAUUCUUCUUGCAUUUUUUACUUGGCUCAUUUGGUUCUUAGCGGGAAAGUUCAAUUCCUACCCAAAAUCUUGGAUACCAUCAUCAAUGGAUAGCUUUCAACUUGCUCUUCAGUUUGGUAUAUCUGUCAUGGUGAUAGCAUGCCCAUGUGCCCUUGGCCUUGCAACUCCCACCGCAGUUAUGGUUGGAACUGGAGUAGGUGCAUCUCAAGGUGUGCUAAUUAAAGGGGGACAAGCAUUGGAGAGUGCACACAAGGUGAACUGUGUUGUAUUUGACAAGACAGGCACACUUACCACUGGAAAACCUGUCGUUGUCAGCACACGGCUACUGAAGAAUAUGGUGCUGCGUGACUUUUAUGAAUAUGUGGCAGCUGCCGAGGUUAAUAGUGAGCAUCCAUUGGCAAAAGCUAUAGUUCAAUAUGCGAAAUAUUUCAGCACAGAUGAAGAAAAUCAUAUUUGGCCUGAAGCACGAGAUUUUACUGCCAUUGCAGGCCAUGGUGUCAAAGCCUCCGUUGCAAUCAAAGAAAUUGUUGUGGGCAACAAGAGAUUGAUGGUGGAAUUAGGCAUCCGUAUCCCCGUUGAAGCCUCUGAGAUUCUUGCAGAAACUGAGGGAAUGGCACAAACUGGAAUAAUGGUCUCAAUCAAUCAAGAACUUACCGGAAUAAUCGCAAUAUCCGAUCCACUGAAACCUGGUGCUCCAGAUGUUAUAUCCCUUCUGAAGUCCAUGAAAGUGAAAAGCAUUAUGGUAACCGGAGACAACUGGGGUACUGCAAAUGCAAUUGCACAGGAGGUUGGGAUAGACACUGUUAUUGCAGAAGCAAAGCCAGAUCAAAAAGCCGAGAAAGUUAAGGAACUUCAGAUGUCUGGCUUAGUUGUGGCAAUGGUUGGAGAUGGAAUUAAUGACUCACCUGCACUGGUGUCUGCCGAUGUGGGAAUGGCUAUAGGCGCUGGCACAGACAUCGCAAUUGAAGCUGCCGAUAUUGUUCUUAUGAAGAGCAACUUGGAAGAUGUAAUAACUGCCAUUGAUCUCUCCCGGAAAACUUUCAAUCGGAUCCGUAUGAAUUAUAUUUGGGCACUUGGUUAUAAUAUCAUCGGCAUACCAAUCGCGGCCGGAGUUCUUUUCCCAUUCACCAGAUUCCGGUUGCCUCCAUGGAUUGCCGGUGCUGCAAUGGCAGCUUCUUCAGUUAGCGUAGUUUGCUGCUCUCUCUUAUUGAAGAACUAUAAGAGACCCAAAAAAUUAGACACACUUCGGAUGAGCGAAGUUGUGGUCAAUUGAAAUUGUUCAUGUAAAUUUCUACAUCAAAAUUGUGAUUGCACAAGUAAAGAUGUCGUUCAUAUGGAUAAACGAAUUGUAACUAUUUUCAUUGCUGUGGAGGAAGGAUGCGCAUGAAGGCAUUGAUGGAGAACUCGAAUUCUGUUUUCGAACUAAUUAUACAUUGA